UUUUAGUACAUAAAAAAACGUUGAGUUUAUUAUUAAUGAUUCUGGAACCAGUCUAAAAGAAAAUCGCAAAAGCAGUCUAUAAAUCUACUUCCGUUGACAAGUAUGGCGGGUAGUGCUCUGUAUUCAAUCAUUAACAAGCAAGAAAAUGCACAUGAAGACAGUAUAUGGAGUUGUGCAUGGGGACGAAGUAACAAAGACAACACAGAAAACAUCAUCACAGGCAGCAUAGAUGAUAAAGUUAGAAUCUGGAAAUGGAUAGAUGAGAAACUAGAACUGCGACAUCUGUUGGAAGGACAUCAACUUGGAGUUGUUUCUGUAGACAUAAAUGCAGAGGGAACUUUGGCGGCAUCCAGUAGUUUAGACAGUCAUGUGAGAGUGUGGGAUAUCGAGACAGGAAAAUGUGCUAAAAGUAUUGAUGCUGGUCCAGUGGAUGCAUGGACUGUAGCAUUUUCACCAGAUUCCCGGUUCCUGGCCUCUGGGAGCCAUCAUGGUAAAAUCAAUCUAUUUGGUGUGGACACCGGGAGGAAGGAAUCUUCAUUAGAUACCAGAGGAAAAUUAACACUUAGUAUAGCAUAUAGCCCAGAUGGAAAAUUUAUAGCAUGCGGGGCCAUUGACGGAAUUGUAAAUAUGUUUGAUAUUGCUACUGGAAAACUCAUACACACACUGGAAGGUCAUGCAAAGCCUAUCAGAUCUCUCUGCUUUUCACCAGAUUCUCAGCUGUUAGUGACAGGUUCAGACGAUAACCAGAUAAAGAUAUAUGACGUGUUACAUGCUAAUUUAGCAGGAACAUUGUCUGGACAUGCCUCCUGGGUACUUAGUGUAGCAUUUUCACCAGAUAAUACACAUUUUGUUUCAAGUUCCUCAGAUAAAACAGUCAAGAUUUGGGAUGCAGGAUCCAGACAGUGUGUGCAUACAUUCUAUGAUCAUACAGAUCAGGUUUGGGCGGCAAAGUACAAUCAAGCUGGUACCAGAAUAGUGUCUGUAUCUGACGACAAAGCAAUGCAUAUUUAUGAUAUUCCACAGUGAGGCAGUUGUGCUGCGUUUAAGGGCUUCUUGAAGAUGGCAUAAAAUUGCUGGUUCAGUUCUCAUGUAGAUCACACAAGAGUGAAAUCACCAUUUUUGCUAUGGUGUAGCUUAAGUUCAGUGCUGAAUUCACAGUGUUUCAGUGGUUGGAUUAAUGUUCUGCUUUAAAGUAGAUUUAAUAAUAAGUAAAAUGCCAUUAAAAGAAAUAAUUAUUAUGGAACACUUUGGUAAAAAUUUGUGUGUUAACAUUUCAAAUUCACAUACCUGAUUCAUUAUCUAUUACUUAAAAUAUCGCCUUGAAACAAAUUUGUUCCGGUUAUAAUUGUUAAGAACUUAAAAACAAGAGAUUCAAAACUGAAUUUUUAUGCUCCCAAAGGGAGGCAUAUUAGUUUUCAACUGUCUGUCCGUUAGUUCGUUCGUCACAACUUUAACUUUUUGCAUGAAGGCACUUUACUCGCGAACCACUGCACCCAGGACCUUCAAACUUCACAUGCUGAUAGUACUUAUCGAGUACACGACCCUACUGACAUUGGGGUCACCAGGUCAAGGUUCAUCACCAGGUCAAAGGUCAAGUGCUGCAGGCGCAUUUGUCACCAUUAGUGGCAGCUCUUGUUUUUUUAUAAUUUAAAAAAUACCAUAAUUAUAUUCCCUUAAUGUCCUCAUUUGGAUUGUUGGGGGAGGUGUUUUUGAUAAGGCCUUAAAUGUUUUUUAAAAAUUAUUUUUAAGACAAUAUAAACUAUAAAUCCUUAUAAUGAAUGAAUUGAACAAUUACUGCACUUUUGGGCAUUUAUUAGGGGGGAAGGCUGUUUGAGAAUAUACAGUAGUGAACGGAAAAACUAAUUGUUGGGUAGUAUGUUGACACAUCUUGUAUUCACUGUUGGAAAGAAGUUAUUUAGUGAACAGACUUCUGUGAUACCACAUUACAUUGUACAUAAAAUCAUCUUUUUACAAAAAAUAAAACAGACCAAAAACUA